AUGAGUUACUGCAUAGCGUAUUAUUGUAUAUUUGAUAGCUAUAUGGAUUGGAUUAUGCUGUUAGCAUCAAUUUGUUAUGUGAUCAUACUUGUUGCAAAAAUCAAUGUGUGGAUGUGUCCAAAAUACAUGCGUGGAGCUGUUGCACUGGGAUUGCUGUCUGCAAAAUGCAGGUUCAGACAAAUGUACUCGAUGAAUGGAUCACGGGGCUUAUUGGUGACUUCAACGCCUAAGAAACAGGAGAAGAAUGAAGUUGGCGAAACGAGGGUAGCUACUAAAGAGAUGACAGACCCAAUAGUGGCCUUUAGCAGGCCCCCAACACUUCCACCGGUUAUAGGACCUUUGGUUGCUCUGUCGUUGUUGGAUACAUGGUGGAACAGGGGCAAGGAUGAAGAUGCCAAGUGACGUGAUUUAUCGGUGAAAUGCCAUGUUAAGUAGUGUGAUCCCUACUUGAUGAAAAUCUUUGAAAUAAAAAUCCCAAGUGUGAUUGCAGAGUUAAGUAAUCGAACAAAGAAACUCCAUAGCUUUAUGUAGCCAUCUAGUAGUGGAUUAAGCCAAGGGGCUACGAAUAUAUUGUAAAUUCUCAAUAUCCAUGUUAGUAUUGCUUGAGGACUUUUUAAGAACCCUGUAGGAACACGCACAUGUAUAUAUGUUAAUGGAAAUUUUGGGAUGAUUAA